GUCUGACGCAUUUCCAUGUGGCCUGCAUGCUUGGCCGCAGAAACGUCGUCGAAAAAUUCCUCCAACUCGGGCAGGAUCCCAAUAUUCGCGUGCCAGAAACAGGUAAUUCGCCGCUUCACUUGGCUGUGUACCGUGGCUACAAGGAGACAUUCGAAUUGCUGCUGAGAAAUGGCGCCAAUUUGAAUUCGGCCAACAUGGACGGGUCGACUCCUUUGCACAUGAUUUGUGAGAAAAAGCAUCGUUUUGACUUGUUGGAGAAUUUAUUUAAAAUCAGCAACGACAGACAUCAGCCGGUGCAAGUUGAUGCUCGGAACAAUCUAGGCCGCACACCGUUACAAUUAGCUGUGGCGAAUCUUUUGCCACAUGUGGUCGACGUACUCUUGCAACAUGGUGCUGAUUUAUCAAACUUCAGUUUCCCCAAUGAGAGUUACUUCGCCAGAAAUGUUGAUUCACAGCUUGAUGACAAUUUUUUUAAAUUGGAACUAGCAUCUGGCGCUCUAGCCUCCGUCGAGCGUCUCGAGGAAAGAGGAUACCAACUGGACCAAAACGACGCCCUAACGAUCAUGAAGUUUUUUGCCAAGUACGAAUUGUUCGAGUCAGCGGAUCUCGACAAGCGCUGGUACGACAACGAGGAGUUCGCGAGAUUGGCGAAAAACAAAACGAUACGUCACAAUCUGUCGCUCUACAAUCUGAUCCAAUUGCGACCUAAAGAGGAGGAUAAACUUCUCUCGUAUUUGGACUACUUCAGGUUUGCGCAAUCGAACAGCGCUUUGCACUGAAUCCUUUCUGGGCGCUGGUACACAAACUGCUGCCAAUUGAAUGCUGUCAAAAGAUCAUCGACGAAUUGAAGAAUGAGGAUU